GGUUGUCAUUUCGGAGGAGUGACCAAGGAAAAAGUCGGAAAUGUCAUCUCGAGCUGAAAAAGAAAGACUUAAGGCUCAACAAGAGAAGUUCCAAGCAGUUCUUUCAGGUCUUCUGAAAGAUGAAGAUAAUAAAUAUUGUGUAGAUUGUGAUGCGAAAGGACCACGAUGGGCAUCAUGGAACCUUGGGAUAUUUCUGUGUAUUCGUUGUGCUGGAAUACACAGAAAUUUAGGAGUUCACAUAUCGAAAGUUAAGUCAGUGAACUUGGAUGCAUGGACCACAGAACAAGUAGCUAUGAUGAUGGAGAUGGGAAACAGCAGAGCACGAGCAGUGUAUGAAGCUAAUGUUCCAGAUGGAUUUAGGCGACCACAGACAGAUUCACGGUCUCUAGAAUCCUUCAUACGAGCCAAAUAUGAACAGAAAAAGUAUAUUGCUAGAGAGUGGGUUCCACCCAAACCAUCUAUACCUAAGGAGUUGGAGCUAGAGGACAAGGCAGACAAAAGGAAAGCUAGAGCAAAAAGCUCUGGAAUUCAACUGAGUUCGGUCCCUAAAGCUAGCACUAAGGAAGCUGUUGGUAAUGUUGCCAAGCCAAAAAAUGAAGAAAAAUCUCCACCUUCAAAAAAGGUUGAAAACAAACCACAGCCUGCCAAGAGUUCGCAGGAUCUCCUUGGUUUAGAAAUGUCCCCGAGUAAACAGCCCAACAGCCAGAAUGCAGACCUUUUAGGAGACUUGAAUGAUUUCAUGGGUGCACCUAGUCAACAAAGCGUUCCUGCAGUAUCCUCUAGUCAGCCCCCACAACAGAAUGGAAAUGUAGAACCAAACUUAUUUGAGGAGCCGAAUAAUUCAGCUGAGAAGGUUCCAGAGAAAACCACCAAGGAUUCAAUCAUGGCUUUGUUUGGUCCAUCAGGGAUGCCUCAACAGCAGCAGCAGCAACAACAACCACAACAGUUUGGUGUACCAGCUGGUGGUACCUCCUACUUUUAUGUACCCCAAACUGAGGUUGGCAUUCCCAACCAGUAUGAAACAGGUGGGAUGUACAUGCCCCAGAAUGCUAACCCUGGAAUGUAUGGAAUGCCAGGGGUCGUACCAGCCCAGACAACAGGCAUGAUGUACCAACAACAACCACAAGGGAUGAUGGCAAUGCCUCAGCAGCAACAGCAGCAGCCUAACAUGUAUUCAGGGAUGAUGGGAAUACCUCAGCAGGGUAAUAUGGGGAUGACAGGCAUGCCUCAGGGCAAUAUGGGCAUGUAUGGUCAACAGCCACAACAGAUACAGCAGCAGAUGCAGUACCAGCAGAUGCAGCAGCAGAUGUCAGCAAUGAGAGUGGGUAGUGGAAACAUGAUGGGACAGCCAAUGUCAAGUACAGGGGGGUUAAAUUGGGGUGCCCCUAACAACAGUGGACAGACCCUCUCUACCAACCUAUGGCAAUGAUGGUUGCCGGUUUAGAUAAUUAUUUGUUGUCAUGUGUGGAAUUCCGAUGGAAUGUCUGUCACAUUGUUGACAGAUGUGGGCCAACAGGAUUGAGAGUCAAAAUUGUUGAUGUAUUAACUAUGUUUUGGGAGAAAGCCAUGAUGGUUAAGAAGAAGCAGGUAAAGGAAAGAACAUUCCAGUAGCAGAUUGUAUUAAUCAUUCAGUGUUAAAAGGCCAUGCCUGCUAGUUUGUACGGUGAUAUCUGUUUAGCUAUAGUUCAUGCAGGGAUUUGUGGCGUAUAAAGAACUGCAGGGUGAUAAUGUAAUACAGAUGAUAUUAAGGAUACCUUGUUGUAUGUUUCGUAUUGCAACAUUACCUCUUUAUCAACAUUGUCUCUCUGUACCAUUCGGUGUAUCUUUUUAGAAUGUCUGUAUGCAUAUGCAAUUCUGAAUGUCUUUAUUAAUACAGGCUUGCUCAAAAAAAAAAAUUUUAUUUAAAUUAUGUAAGCAAUAUGUGCAGAUUAUCACUGGAUUGUGUUGGAUCAAUUUGUGCGGACCAAUGCAUACCUGUUGGCACCCGUGUUAUAGUUGUAGUGCUUUAUAGUCUGUCUCCACCAUUUGUUAAUACCAAUUCUGAAAAAAAUGUUGUUGAAAUUAGCACUCAACCCAACAGAAUGCAUGCUUUCCUUUUUCUAUGUAGACGUUUCGGCCGAGUAUUUUUCUGUACAUGUCAAAAACCAUAGAACAACAACUUUCGUGAAAUACUCCCAUGAAAUUGUCCUGUAAUUCUAAUAGGAUUGCAGCGUUUCCUGCUGGCCAGGCGGUUGUAGAGUGUAGUUGGUGUGGUAUAAAGUUAAAACUAAAUCAGCUGUAAAGCUGCAGGUAAUUCCCAAACAAAACUGUGAUCUAUUUUUAAUCUAAUUACAUGUCAAAAUUUGAUUAAAAAGAAUUCAUGAGUAUUUUUGUCCUACAUACAUGGUAAGUGCCAUCUUUCCAUUUGUUCUUGUAUUAGUUUUAAGAAUCAUGUGGUAGAGGUUCUUCUGAGAGUUACAUGAAAUAAUAUAAUCAUUUCUUCUCCAUCUAAAUACAAGUCAAGAAAUGCAGUUCUGGUUUGCAUUAAAAGUUAACUUUAUAACAGCAUGUUCAUUAUAUCUGGGUGAGGUGAAAAUGUUGCACAAUCAGAUCACUAAAAAAUAUUCAUGAAUUAAAAUUCAGGUGUUGUUCAUAUCAACGUAGAUUAGUUAUCAAUUUCAUGGUGACCUGAUCAAAUUUGUUUAGAGUGAAUGCUUUUCUGACCAAUGUUUUCUUCUUUCACUGAUUAUACUUUUGGUCGGAGAUUUUGAAACUCCUGGUAUUUGAAUUACACAAGGUUGACAAUUUGGCGGUAGUUCUACUUCAUUUUGUCUGUGUGAUAAGAAUAAUUUUUUGAUCAUGUGAGGUUGAAACCACGCAUCAUUGAUUUAUGCACUAGUGUGGGCUGUGUUCAGUGAGAAAACAUUUUGGUUUACAAAUGUUUUAGAAUCUGUUCCUAAUCGAAUUCAUCCUUUUUUUUUAUAAAUCUAAAUUACAAGUAUUACCAGUUUAGCAUUAUGUGUUGUCUGAUGUUUCACUCAAUCAUAAAGUAAUAUUGUUAGGUCAGUAUACAUAAUGUAUGUGUGAAGAUAAUAUCAUGUAUAACAUCUUGUAUGUUUGGUGAUGUCGAAGCAUAAACAGUUCACAAUUGUAUUUUUUUUAGUUUUACAAGGAAAGAUUUCAUUUAUGGAUGAUGUUUUAAAUAAAUCUUUUGUCAGUUCUCAGUGCUCCUUAUCAAGGAAACAGUCAUACAUGUAAUAUUGCUUUGUUCCGUAAAGUGUUAUUGUAAUUUUUUCUCUAAAAAAUGGAAAAUCUUCAUCAAAAAUUAGAAUCUCCUUAUAAUGAGAUUUGAUAUUAUUGACUCUUGACCUGAUGAAAUUAUGUCGGUAAAAAUCUACAAGAGUUUCUAUGGUAACAGAUUCCAGUAAAACUAAAAAGAACACGUUCUAAACAGUUCCUGCCAAAUUCUUGUUACCAUUUGGAGAGAAAUUUCCCUGCAAUGAUGUGUUCUUUAAUCAUCAUGUGUAUGUGAAAUGUAGGAAUUGUCUUGCUGAAGGGAAAUGUCAGGGUUGUUUUAUAGUAUGUAACGAGAACUGAGUUCUGAUGUCUGGUCUUUAGGUUUUAACAUGUCUGGUAUUUUUUAUGGUGUUGUCAUGCAUGUAAGAUAAUGAGGAUGUAAUGUUUGGGAGGGGGGUGUUACUGUCACGCAUGAGUACCACAUAACGAUGUUAUGUUGGGGAGGGGUGAAGAAUGAAAUAAUUAAUGGAUUCAUGAAGGAUUUGUAAGAUAUGCUUUAAAAUUGCUUAAGUUCACAAUCAGAUGUGAGUUCAAAUAGUGUCUUUCAGGUUAACUUCUAUUAUGAAUAACAAAUUGAAAUAGUUUUUGUUAUAUGAACAACAACAAUUUUAAGGCUUGUCUUUGUUGGUAGUCCUUCUUUCUUUUGACAUUAAUUCUCAUAUCUUGUUCUCUGCUUUUUUCCCAUUGUUAUGCCACCUACUGUUGAUCUAGAUCUCUCAGUUCAGAAAAUGUUUUGUUAGUUCACUUGGCUCAUAGCAUCAAUUUUGCUUAGCCAUGAAACAGUUUUUGUCAUCUGUUCAUUGUCAAUUUUUUUUUCCUUUGUUGGACUUAUUGUCCAGUCAAACAGUUGAAAGAAUAUUGAUAGAUGUAUACUCUUAUUUGGGUUUGUAUUUGGAAUGGAUUUUCUCAAGGUUUAAGGAAUUUAUUGCUGUAUUAUAAAUGAUACAACACCAUUAAUGUAGAGGGACAGGGCCUUCGCAGAAAUCACAAACCUUAACAUAGGCAUUGUGCUUUCCUGGCUCAAAGCAGACACUUGAAGGAUAAUGAAAGCAAUAUAAAAAGAUAAAGAGCCAGGCAGAAUUUAGAACAGGAGUAGGUCACAGAACAUAUAUUAAAAAUAAUCAAAUGAUACAGCCUUUUGUGCAUUUUAGAUUUAAAGAUCCCUCCUAUAUCAUAAAGGACAUUUACAAUUUAAGGGUGAGUGAGGAAAAAAACAACAAUAAAUUCUGUCAUUGUUCUAUGUGACAGGAGUGAUUUUAAGUUGGUUUACUUGUUAUCAUCAUUUUUAUUGUUUACCGGGGAAUCAGGAUUCUUUGUUCUGUGAUAAGAAAAAGGCCUAUGAUUACAUUUUCACCUGUGAAAUAUUGUUCAAUAUCAAAUAUGCAAUGAAAAAAAAUAGCUUACCAGUAUCUGAAGAUUUCCACCAAUGCUAGCAGAGACCACAUUUCAUGAAAUAAAAUUUACCAAUCAGGAAAUCUAAAACAAAUAGAAAAGGUAAUUAACAAAAUACGUUAUCAUGUUUUCAAUAACAUCUGUUUCACUCAUGUUGGUAAUAAUUUGGUGUCUUCACUUGUGAUGAGAUCUCAAAUGAAAGAUUCCAAAAUAUACCCAUACUUUUGAAAUAUACAUGCUAAUACUGAAAACACUGUUCAAUAUCCUCAAGGUCUCAUUUAAUGAUUCGCCUUGUAUAGGCCAUGUUGAUGUUUUCACUAACUAAUUCCAGUCUGUAGGUAUAUUACAAACAUUUCUCAACAUAAAACAAUUAUGUUUAAAACAAUUGUGUUAAGUCUCCAGAUAAUCUGCAAUAUGAUUACAAAUAAAAUGAUAAUGACAAUGUUCAGCAAAUUUCUUUUUCUGUUAUUUUUGAAAAUGAAAUAGGGACAGGAAUAAAAUUAAGAAAUAACUCUAGUUUCAUUAGAAGAAGACAUUAUUUGAUAUUUUACAGUGAAACUUUUGCUGUUUUGUUAAGUUCACCCCCAUCAUGCUGUAUGAUAAUGGUGAAAGAUAAAUGGUGGUAAAAGUUUUGGUAUAGUUUUUUUUUUAUACAUGGGAACUUAAUCACUAGGUUAACUUUUGUAGCAGUUUUUGUGAACAAUUGUGUAUGUUUCAACAGUAUAUUAGUGAUGUUAUCUCCAUGUAUGUUGAGUUUUAACACUGGAAUCAUUUAUAUGUAACGAAGCAGUAUUUUUAAAUAUUUUGACAAAUAAAGUGGUAUUUCCACACACCUGAAUUGAAACCCAUAUUUCACUUACCAGUUAAAGCAACGAAGAUAAUAAUUCAUCAUUUAGACAUUUACACAUUAAGUGAUUCUGAAUCACAAGUAUUAUUUUGUUUUCUGAGACAAAAUUUCAUCCAUUAUAUCCAAAUAUGAUUUUGUUGGAAACCCAGCAUAAGUUAAGAACAAUAAACAUGUUAAUGUUCCUGGAAUAAAUCUUCCUAUUCAGUGUUAUAUGGUAAAGUGCUUCUAUGUACAAUUAUUUAUUUGAAUCAUAGUUAAGACCCAUAUAUUUCUAACUUUUUCAGAAUUAUUUUUGAAAGGUGAUCAAUACUAACAUUUUUGUGCAAUUUCUUUUAAAAUGGUUCCUGUUUUUAUGUUAAAUGUGUGUUGUUGAUAUGUUUAUUUAAUAGCCUAUGUUACCAAUUUGUAAAAAAACAAACAUUGUAAAAAUUCACAACUGAAUUGCCAAUGUGGUUUUCAUUGUACAUAUCAUUUUAGCCAUGUAUGUAAGAAAAAAACCUGACAUUGUAAUUGAUGUAUAAACAUAAACAACAAAAUUUCAAA